UAUUGGCGUAGUGUGGUGCUAUAGUAUACCCUUGUUUGCUCCCUUUUUUAAUAUAUUUUUUGCUCAUAGUCUCUAAAAUUGUGAUACUUCCAUUACAAAGAUGAACCCCCCAAAAAAAAAAAAAUCUGAUCUGAAACAGUGAAAGAAAAAACCCAAAACAUAACACCUUUGUCCUUUUAAAGAUGCUCCUCUCUUUCUCUGUCUUCAAACACUUGUUUUUAUCCAAAGCUUCAACUUUCAACCCUUCCAUGUCAUCAUCAUCAUCAACAACAACUCAUGCUUUUUAGAGCCCUGUUUUUGUUUAUUGGUUCUAUAUGGAUUUUGGGGUUCUGGGUUUGGAUGGUAUUGUGGGUCCUAAUAAUGGAGCUCCAUCUCCAUCUCCAUCUCCAUCUCCACCAGUUGAGUCCAAGCCUAAGCUUUUCGGAUCCGGGUUUACCAAGCAAGAAAGAUCCUCUGAUUCAGCUGAAGAAGAAGAUCACUGGAAAAGUUGUAAGGUACCGAAGACAAUGCCAUUGCACCAAGGCAUUCCUUUGUUGAGAUCUAAUGAAACUCCCCAACAACAACAAGAUCAUAUGAUUAGCUUCUCUUCACUCAAAUCUGAACUUCCUUUUAUCAGAAAAGAUGGUAACUUUAUGGAGAAAACUACACAAAGCAACGACUUCUCUAUGUAUACUAGAAAUGCAGGAUAUGGUAGUGGAAACCUUAAUGCAACCAUGCAUGGGGUUUUAACUCCAUCUCAAUGGAUUGAGCUACAACACCAGGCAUUGAUCUACAAAUACAUCAUGUCUAAUGUGCCUGUACCUUCUAAUUUGCUCACUCCUUUGAAGAAAUCCCUUUACCCUUAUGGCUUCACCAGUUCAUCUGUUGGAUCCUUGCCUUAUAAUUCAUUGGGAUGGGGUUCUUUCCAUCUGCGGUAUACUGGCAGCACCGAUCCUGAGCCAGGGAGGUGUCGUCGAACGGAUGGAAAGAAAUGGCGUUGCUCCCGGGAUGCCGUUGCUGAUCAAAAGUAUUGUGAAAGGCAUAUAAACAGGGGCCGCCAUCGUUCAAGAAAGCCUGUGGAAGGCCAGACCGGCCACACUGCCACUAAUUCAAAGGUGGAGUCGAUGUCUUCCUCUAUGUUGGCAUCGGCAAAAACCAGUGGUGGUGCAGCCAAUAGUCUCGCAAUUGCACUGCAGCACCGGUCUGGUGCUGCUGAUCCUUCUUCAGAUACCCUUGUGAACAGAAUACAAGAUCAACGGGGGUUUUCGGUGUUGUCUUCCACCACCAACCUGAAAUCUGAUGACUCCACCACAUUCACCAUUACAAAACAAGGUGUUCCGUUUGUAGAAUCAUCUCUAUCGGAUUUUGGACAUGUUGCUUCUGAUUCUCUUGUCAAUCCGUCGCAUAAAAGCUAUUACAUGAACUCUAAGGAGUAUGGUCAUGGUCUGUUCCUAGACUUCACUGGUCAAGAAACACAAGAUCAAACACCGCCUCACCAAUUCAUUGAUAACUGGCCCAAGGAUCAGUCUAGUCGUUCUAUCGUUACUUGGCCAAAUGAAUUAAAACCUGACUGGACUCAACUCUCGAUGUCUAUUCCUAUGGUAACAUCAGAGUUCUCAUCAACCUUGUCCUCACCAGUGAAAGAGAAACUCGACCUUUCAUCUCUUAGGUUAGUUCAGGAGUUCGAUCAGAUCCAAAUGGGUUUAGGAGUGAACAAUGACAUCACUGAACAAACCAAAAAGCAACCUAACUGGAUACCAAUAUCUUGGGGAGGUUCAACGGGAGGUCCAUUAGGAGAGAUCUUAAACAACACGACGAACAACACAGGUAGCUGCCAGAACUCAUCGACACUUACCUUCUUAUCGGAAGGGUUGGAUGGCAACCGCAUACAAUUGCAGAACACGCCUUUCAGUUCACUUUCGAAUAGCAGCUCAGGGAGCAGUCCAAUAGCUGAGAACAACAAGAAACUCCUUGGGGCUGCCUCGGUUCCUUCCAUAAUCAGAAGCUAAUAAAACUGAGCUUGGAUCAAGUUCAUUAGAAGAAAGCUUGUAAGAACUUGCAGUUUGUUAAUCUUUUAGUAGGAACAUAGCUUUGUGGGUGUAUGAAGUGAUUUAUGAUAUGAUUUAAGGCCUUUGCAUA